AUGGACAGGCUGGCCUCAGCGCUGCUCACGCUGGCGCCGUCGCGCUUCCCGGACCUUGCGCACGAUCUUGUGCGUCUUCAUGUCUCUGUGAAGUCCCCGUCUAGGAGGGUGCAGCCGCAGACGCCUUCUUCGCAUGAAGCUGCGGAGGUACUAACGGCGCUGCUCUCUGAUUCACGGCUGGGCCAUUAUAUGAAGGACCUGUCUGUUGCGCCGGUUCGGUUUUCGACGGAGGAGACCCUUGCAGGUGCCACCGUGGUCACCCUUCAUGCUCUGGCAAUCAUGGCUUCGGCGUUCGAGGCGAGUUUGCUUACCUUUCACAGAAUCGCCGCGGCACUGGGGCAGGAAUCCAAGACUGUUCCACCUGAACAGACGGAGCGCAGCGUGCGCGGGCAGAACGAAGGUGACCAGGAGACUCCGCAGGCGGCGGCGGCGUGGCGUUACGAGAGGGUCGGUGCUUACAGCCACCUUCUUACCCAACUCCUGCACAGGCUCACAGAAGAGCUGGCGCUUGUGUCCCAGCCAUCAUUUCCUGUGUCACAUGCGACCGGCGCUCGACUCGACCUGCUUUUGCUUGCCGUGUUCUCGUUGAUGAAGUCUGCGGAGGAGUGCGCGUACAACGCCGGCAAGCCGUCGCCAGCAGACGGAGCAGCGACAGCGAGUGUAGACGACUUCCGUGCCGAGGGCGUGUCAGAUCAGUUGCAGCACCUGUGUCUCCAGGUAAGUAUGCUGUGCUCUCGAUGGUCUUCGGCGGCGGCGAGGACGCGGGAAACUCCUGGGUCGCAGCUGGGGCACUUCUACGGCACUUCCUCCUUCUCGCUUGUCGCAGGCCAGGCAAAGAAACUGCAGAUGCGGAUGCGUGUACGGAGCCCUGCGUCGUCGUUGGCGGGGUGUGUGCCGGCGCUGAAAAGCAUGAUACUCGUCUAUUACGUUUCCGUCCUGCGGCAUGCGAUUGCAGUGGACAGUGCCGCAGUGAAUGCUGCUUGCAGAGACGCGGCCCCGAGCGCGAACGCGGAAAGGGCGGGCGCACAGCUGGAAGGUGGCGCGACCCCGUUGCUGUAUCUCACGGGGGACGAGAGGGUGCAGCUGGCAAAGGACGUGGAGAUGUUGUGGGGGGAGAUCAAGCCACGGCGAGUCCUCUCACCCGCGGAGGUAAGCCAGCUGCAACAUCGCACCGUGCAUACGGCGCUGAAUGUCAGUUUGGCAACGUGGUGGAAGACCGCUGCUGGCACGGCUGCAUCCGCGUCUUCUUCUACGCCUUACUGGAACCAGAUGCCACAGCACAUCACAGCUCUCCUGUGCAGCUACAACUCCCUCUUGAUGGAGUGCAGGGGCGCCCUUCCUGUCUUUGCCGCCCGCAGUGCCUUUGAAACGGCCGCAUUGCCUUCGUCGAGCGCAACGGCAUUCUCUGUGUCGCCGGAUCUCUCGUGGUAUGUGCCCUUUUACAGUCGCCUUCUUCGCGUUGGCCUGGACAUGCAGCUGGAGGCGACCCUCUUUGCUGCGCUUCAUCUCGGUAUCGAGCCACGCGCGCCUCCCACCCCGGCCACCCCAAUUGCGAAGUGGAUCGAGUCGCGUCACGUACAGCGUCUUCGACGCCGCGGUGCAUCUGGUGGCGCCACAACGAAAGUGAAGCCAAGCGAGACUGCCGCGGCUGACGCAUCUUGGGCUCGAGUUUACCGAUUAUGCGGCGGCCUGCGUGUCGCCGCAACGGAGCUGCUCUACUGCGCCAUCACAGAGGUGUGCUCCGGGGUUGCAGAGAAGCCGCUGUCAAGGGAGGACAGCGGAUCUUUGAGCCCUCCAAAUCGACCAUCGUGGCCGCAGCGAGGCUCCUUGUCUCCCGCCCCCAGCACCAACACCCGCGACAGCAGCAGCGCCUCACCUCUGGCGGCGGCGCUCGUGAACGCUGUUUCCCGCACGUUCUUUGCUGUUCCUCGUAUGCAAUAUCUUUUCGCGCACUACACGGACGCCGCGUACACGGACCGGGCUUCCGAGGAGGAGUGCCGCCGAGUGUAUGCCGCGUGCCUUGGUGUGCUGGUAUGGCUGCGUGAGCUAGCGGCCCCUUUCGGCGUCCGUUUCGGGGAGUCUCAGGUGGCGCCAUUGAUGCCGCACUCGUUGGACGCCGUUCAGGGUGCACUGCCACCGCGAAAGCCUUGGAGGGAAGAGUGGCAGGUCUGCGGCACCACGUCGGCCAUCGCCAUGGAUGGCGCCUUCUUUUUUGCCUACUACCUCUACCACUGUCCGGGAGGAACGGGACGCCACGCCGCAGUGUCCUCUGACCGUGGCACCGAGAGCGAGCGGACAGCACUCGACGUCGCGCUGGCCUCCGACGGUGUCGUGGGUGGGAUGCCGUGCCCUUCCGUCUCUCAUGUUCUCACUGGCGCCACAGCGUUGGAGUACACGAAGGAGGUGCUGUUCCAGCUGCAGCACGACACGGCACGCCAGCUGCAGCACCUGCGCGCGACAAACCGUCUCCACCACUUCAGCGGAGAGCUGCAGGGCAAGACGAAGCUCCUCGAAGACUCAACUCUGCGUCAGCGCCACGUCACGUCGACGUUAUCUGUGGUGCAGGCGCACCGCAAGCAGCCAACACUGCUGUGGAUGCCUUUGGCUCAGGUGCAGGAGAUGGUUUUUCUGUUUGACCAAUACCCGCAGCUGUUUCGGUACAUCGAUUCCGAACGCGGCCUCAGCACUCGCGGUGAUACCGAGGAGAAACCUGACGGCGAAGUGGAGUCUAGUGAUGGAACACGCGAAUACCCGAAAGUGCAUGUCGGCGACAUCACGUGCACUUUUUCUCGUGUGCACGGGUACCUUGUGAAGCGCUUGCACGUCUUGAGCGGCAUUCUGCGCGAGUACCGGAGCAUCCUGCUGGAGUCGGCCCCGCAUGACGCAAUCGAUUUUCGUGGAAUCAGCGACGACCCUUCUGCGUCAGUGCCGACGCCGACGAAGUCCUCCUUCCGAGGCUGGCUUCUUGACAACGCCAGAUGCUCCCCACAGCUGGAGGUGCACCGCCGCAACAAUUACGGAUGGGCGCAUGUGUGGGCGAUGCAGCUGCACGAGGAGUUCCCUCGACUACCGGCACAGAUGGAGGGCGCGCCGCGGUGGGCCAGCGGUGUUGUGCGCACGCUGGACAGGAUGGAGCGAACGAUGCACGACACGCACCAGAAGGGUCUCUUUAUCAAUGUAGUCAAGACACAGCAGCAGUACCGUGAGCUGCAGCGCGCACGGUCAGGGGCGCCUUCGCCCAGGUCCGCCGAGGAGGCCGCUCGGGUGGAUGCAACGGAACACAGGUGCAUUGGGGAGCCGCAGGUGUGUGACCUGGUAGUGCAGCGAGACUCUGAGCGCACUCCCCUCGGAUUGGUUGUCGACGGCGCCGCGCGAAUCCUGCGUGUGCAGAUGAAGGUGGCUAGACCAGCAGCAGUGGCUGAUGGCAGUGGUGAAGUCGAAGGGGAUCUGCUGGAGUCUCCCUUUGCUCGUGCACUAGCGCAGCAGCAGGAGGGGCAGAACCUGCUUGGCACAUCGAACCGUGCCGGUGUUUUUGCCGAUGUUGUGGGUUGGCGUGUUUUGCGGGUCAAUGGAAACGCUGUGCGCACAGGCCUUGAUGUGGCUGCGCAGGUGCGAGACAAAAUCGAGUUCACCGUCACGCUGCAACCCUGCUCACGAUCUGAGUGA